AUGCGAAUAAAAGAAGGAAAGGUAAAAUACGAAAAAGCUUUAGCACAUGAUAAUAAAGAGAAUCAUAAACAUGUCAUUAAAACUGCAAGUGAAAAGUUUAAAACAGCAAACAAUAAUUCUAUGGAAAAGCCUAAUUGGUUGGAAAUUAAGAAGCAAAAGAAAGAACUUAAAGAAAAAUAUAAAACAAAACGACUGAACAAUAUUUAUGAUAUAACAAAUAUGGCUAAACAGAUUGGUGAAAAGUUACGUAGAUCUGAUUGUACAAAAGUGGAACGUAAAAAAUUAAUUUCAAAGUGGAUGCUAAAGUAUUGUGAUCCAGAGAUACAACAAGCUAUUUAUCAAGAACUACAACCUUCACUUGUGUUUAUGAUUCAGUCAAAAUAUGCAAAGAAUUGUGUUAAAACCAUGUUGAAAUAUGGAUCUCAAGAGAUGAAACAUAAAAUUGUUUCUUCUUGUUAUGAUAGAGCAGAAAUAAUUGUAAUGCUAAGAGAUUCAGUAGUGGAACUAUCUCAAACAAAACUUGGUUCAAAGGUUGCUGCACUAUGCAUAUGGCAUGGUACAAACAAGGAUAGAAAAUUUAUUAUGAAAGCUCUUAAGGAUAAUGUAAAGACUGUUUCAAUAUCUGAGCAUGGAUAUUUAAUAUUACUAGCAUUAUUUGAUUCAGUAGAUGAUAUUGUCCUUAUGAAGAAAAUUAUACUCUUAGAAGUAGAACGUGAUUUGACAGAUAUAGCAGUAAAUGAUAAUGGAAAGCAUGUAAUUUUGUACUUAGUAGCUAGAAGGAAUUCUCAUUAUUUUCCUCCUAGUAUAGUCAAAUUUUUAGAACAAGGAGACAACAAUGCAACAAGUAAAAAGCCAGCCAAUAUUAGAGAAAAAGAACUUCUUGAUUCAAUUUAUGAUUCACUUAUACAAACUAUAACUUUGAAUACCACAAUUUGGAUGUCUAAUAGUUCCAUAGCAAUGGUAACAUUAGCAAUACUGAAAAUAGGCACUGGAAAAAAAUUGAAAAAAGCUUUUAAAUCUGUCGUUAAAUUUAUCACAAAUUCAGAAUCAAAAAUUAAAGAAGGAAAUUGUGAAUAUAUACCGGUUGAACACGCUGGAUUACACAUGAUGUUGAAAAAACUUAUACAGAAUGAUAAAGAAUUGCAAGAAAAAAAUGAAAUUAAUGUUCAAAUCGAGGAUUAUUCAAGGUACAUAAUAAUAUAA